GUCAUUCCCAUACCAACUUUCUGGUUUUCUCCCAUUCCUUCCUUGGUCUCUGGUUCAGGAUCAAUCCCGACGUCAUGUCGCCGUCUCGCCGAAAGGCGAACGGUUCUCGCUGCUCAUGUAUCGGUGGUGAAAUCGAUGGAAUCUCCGGCGGCGAAUCGUUUGACCUUACAUGCACGCAUUGCAACGGUUCCGAUUCGAUUAAAUCCUCUUGGUUUCUGUCUUCUUUAUCUGAAACGAAACUGGAUGACUCGGAGAAGCUGCGUCGAAUCAUCGUCGCUUCCCUCAAAGGAUUCUCCAUAGGUACGGGGAUUAAAGGUGGAUUAGCUCUUUUCUCUAUCAUUGUUCGUUUCGCUCGCCGUAGAUCUUCUUCUAAAUCGAGGAGAACCGGUGAUUUCUCGAAUAGUGAAGCUAUUUCCAUGGGGAUUAAGGAGACACUAAGAUACGGACUGUUCUUGGGAACUUUUGCUGGUACUUUUGUCUCCGUAGACGAAGCUAUUUGUUCUCUUGUAGGACACCAAAGACCUGCAAAGUGGAGGGCUCUGUUUGCUGGUUUAGUUGCUGGGCCAUCGAUGCUUCUCACUGGACCAAACACAACACACACGAGUUUGGCUGUUUACAUCCUGAUGCGUGCGGCGGUUCUUGCGUCCCGGUGCGGCAUUAAAAGCAAACGGUUUGGUUCCAUUUGCAAGCCGCUUACUUGGGAACAUGGGGACUUGUUUCUCAUGUGUCUCUCAUCUUCUCAGAUUUUGUCUGCUUACAUUUUAAAGCAAGAAAGUCUUCCUUCAUCCUAUAAGUCCUUCCUUAACAAACAUAGUGGGAAGGAUCUUUCUAUCUUACAAGGCAUCAAAGAUCUUGCAAGCGCCAAACCAUUCACCAAUUUAAGGGCAAUUGAGAAACAUUACAAGUCUGUUGGAGUUGAUAUCAAACUUGAUCCCAACAUGAAAAUCCCAUGUUCGAUGAUACAUGGAGGUGAAUCAUGUACUAAGCACGGUUUUACAUUUUUCCUUCAAGCUUACAUGAGGGCGCUACCUGUCUACGUCCCUGUCUACUUGAUUCCAGCGCUGAUAGUCCAUCGCCAAGACCUACUAAAAAAGCAAUACUCUAUACUUGGCAAGGGUCUUUUUGGCACAGCGAGAUCUAGUUUGUUUCUCUCCACUUACUGCACUUCUGCCUGGGUUUGGACUUGCCUACUUUUCCGGACACUUGAUACAUGCAACAUACCACUCGUGGCCAUAGCAACGUUCCCAACAGGACUGGCCUUGGCAAUUGAAAAGAAAAGCAGAAGGAUAGAGAUAUCACUAUACUGCUUAGCGAGGGCAAUAGAGAGCUUCUUCACUUCCAUGACGGAGGCAGGAUACAUUCGACCGCCCAAGAUUCUUAGAAGAGCAGAUGUAGUCGUGUUCAGCGUUUCGACAGCUAUUAUAAUGCACUGCUACGCGCAGGAGAGGGAGGUAUUUCGAUCAAAAUAUUUGAACGUCCUAGAUUGGGUUUUCGGUGUUCCUCCUCCACCUCCUCCUCCUCUUUCUUCUGAAGAAACCUAGAGACAUAUUCACUUCCCACAUAUAUCGACGUCAGAAGGCAAAACAUAAGUUACUUGGAUUUCACGUUUAACCAAAAGAUCUUUGUUGUGAUGGCACAAUCUUCAUUAAUAGUGACCUCUGUAGGAAUUUUGUUUCGGGUUUUGGGAUAUCAGAAUGAAGAUUUUUUAUUUUUUUUUGAAUCCAUAUGCAGAUGUGCCAAAUUUUGUAGUUGAAUGCCGGUGAUGCUAAGUAAAACAUUUGUCAAA